AACCUCCCGGCGGCGGCGGCGGGCGGCCGGGCGGCGGGGCUGCAGUGCCGGGUGCAGCUGCUCGACGGCGCCGAGGUCAGCGUGGAGCUGCCGAAACAUGCGAAAGGUCAGGAUUUAUUUGACCAGAUUGUAUAUCACUUGGAUCUUGUUGAAACGGAUUACUUUGGCUUGCAGUUCAUGGAUAUGUCCCAGGUGAUGCACUGGCUGGACCUUUCGAAACCCAUCAAGAAGCAAACAAAAAUUGGGCCACCUUAUGCAUUGCACUUCCGAAUCAAAUACUAUUCAUCAGAGCCAAACAACCUCCAUGAGGAAUUCACAAGGUACCUGUUUGUAUUGCAGCUAAGGCAAGACAUUCUUUCGGGAAAAUUAAAAUGCCCUUACGAAACGGCAGUGGAGCUUGCCGCCUUGUGCCUCCAAGCUGAACUUGGCGAGUGUGAACAUCCUGAACACACUCCAGAACUUGUGUCAGAAUUCAGAUUUACUCCAAACCAAACAGAAACGAUGGAAUUUGAGAUUUUUCAGAAGUGGAAAGAAUUCAGGGGAAAAAGCCCUGCACAGGCCGAAAUGUGCUACUUGAACAAAGCCAAAUGGCUCGAAAUGUAUGGGGUAGACAUGCAUGUUGUUAAGGGAAGAGAUGGCUGUGAGUACGCCCUUGGGUUGACACCGACAGGCAUCCUCAUCUUUGAAGGCGCAAACAAGAUAGGCUUAUUUUUUUGGCCUAAAAUCACUAAAAUGGACUUCAAAAAGAGCAAACUGACACUUGUGGUGGUAGAAGACGACGACCAGGGCAGAGAGCAAGAACACACGUUUGUUUUCCGAUUGGAUAGUGCUAAGACAUGCAAGCACCUCUGGAAGUGUGCGGUGGAACACCACGCCUUCUUCCGGUUACGCGCACCAGCAAACAGUAAAUCGAAUCGGUCAGAUUUUAUCCGGUUGGGUUCCCGCUUCAGAUUCAGUGGGAGAACAGAGUACCAGGCAACACACGGAUCACGGUUACGCAGAACAAGCACGUUUGAAAGGCGGCCCAGCAAGCGCUAUCCUUCAAGACGGCACUCUACUUUCAAAGCAAACAACCCUCUGAAGCUAUCUCCACUUUGUUCUAAAAAUAACCCAGAAGUCCAUAACUAUCAGCCCCUGUAUCUCCCAAAUAUGCACCUGGGCCAGUCCCACUGGCAUCCCCAUCCACCUGUGAAUGUAAGCUACCCUUUGAACAACACUGAACUUCACCCAUUUAAUGUUGAAGAAAAUGGUGGAACGCCCUUCAUGACCAAAGUAUCUGGAAGACAUCACCACCAUCACCACCACCACCACCAUCACCCCAGUUAUGGAGGACUUGUGCCUCCUGACAGCAAGGACGUAGUUGCUGCUAUUCCAAGCCCAAAUAGAGUUCCCCGCCUUUACGAAGAUGCAUCGAUCCAUCUGAAGAAGAUGGAAGCAGAGACCAUGAAGGUGGUUGGUCCGUGGCCGGCGCUGCACAUCAACAUGAACAAGCAGUGUGAAGACAGAAAGGCUCCCGAGAAGACUCUUCACCCUCCCCCCGUGUCUCCUUCUGCAGCACCAGAUCAUUUGAAAUGUAAUAUUCUCAAAGCUCAAGUGGAGGCUGCGUUUCGAGUGGGCGUUCAGGUUGGAAAAGAAGAAACUUCUCUGAUAAACCCUCCCAAGACUUCCAAGGAUCCUAAUGUAAGAAGUCCAGCUCCUUCACGGCCAGAGACGACCCAGACAAACAGCGUGCCAGACAAGCAGGAAGUUAAAGUGUCUCGCGUGAGGAAACUGACAAGGCAGUACAGCUUUGAUGAAGAUGACCUUCCUCCAGCAUUGGCAGCAGCGGUCGGGGCAUCACCACCGCCAUCCUCCACGUCUCCUGGGUCGCAGAAAACAUCUGGAGGACAGUUUUCAUCAUGUGCAAAGAGCCCGACAGAUGCGGGAAAUAUGUUUGCCCUGGAACCGGGGGACCUGCUGAUGGACUUCACAGAAGCCACGCCAAUGAUAAAGACAUUUCCUGCUGCUACAUCUAAUCCUUUUUUCGAUCCUUUUCCAACACUACCACAGUUUCCUGCGGACUUUCUGGACAGUAAACUACAAUGCUGUAUGGUACAGUCAUCUCCAAAGAUGUUAUCGCCAGCACUUGCGCCAAGGUCUCUGGUAGAGACCAUUCCAGAACCAACUGUGCAGACGAUCUAUUCAUCACACAAACCCAUUUCACUAGCAGACAGCGCUGAGACUCUGAGGCGUGAACUUGAGCGAGAAAAGAUGAUGAAAAGACUGUUGAUGACAGAAUUAUGAGAAUUCUAACUUCCCAUCUCAAGCGGAGAAUGGAUCAGGGCCUUUCCGGUGCCUUCUGUCUGUUUACAUUCCUUUACUUCUGUGUACACAACAUAAUUUACCAUUAUAAUGUGAUACGUUCCAAUCUUUCUGGAGACAUCACAGAUGGAUAACAUUAAAUCUGGGAUUUACAAACUUGGAGGACUUCCUUUGUAUAUUUGAUAUUGUGACCAAGGUCCAAAGAACCGUAGAAUUAGUCUCAUGGGUCUAGAUGAGAUUUCGCCCCCACAUGGCAACGGCCCCUCUUCCACUCCAUGCUGCAUGGCAAACUGCUUUCAAAGCUUAGGGCAAUUCCAAGAACGGUUUGUGAUGUGCCCUAGGGUAGGGGUGGCCAGCCUACGGUGCUCCAGAUGUUCAUGGACUACAAUUUCCAUCAACCCCUGCCAGCAUGGUCAAUUGGCCAUGCUGGCAGAGGUUGAUGGGAAAUGUAGUCCAUGAACAUCUGGAGCACCAUAGGUUGGCUCCCCCUGCCCCAGGGGCUGGCUCUUCAAAGAAACAAAGGGGCAGCCAUUUCAGUGGACUAGCUCACGUCCUUUGCCUGGGCUGCAACGGGAUGGAUCCAGAUUACAUUUUCCUCUACCAGAAGAGGAGGUGUCAUUUCUGCCAAUUCCACCUUUCUCCUCCUGUCCCGCAAGAACAACUUUUGGGGAGAUCAACAAGCUACAGUGGUUGGGGGAGGCAGGAGUGCUCUGUGUUGCUGAUGGAAGUGACUUUUGCUAGCAGAAAAUUCAGUCUGGAUGCAACCCGUAGGAUCCCAGCCUGAGGCACCCUCCUCAGGUUUGACCUGAUGGCCCCUUGGAAUUAUAGCUCAUCUCCAGAGUGCAGAGGUCGGUUCCCCUGGAGCAAAUGGCCGCUUUGGAGGGUGGGCUCUAUGACAUCAUACCCCACUGAGGUCCCUGCCCUCCACAGGCUCCGCCCCCAAAUCUCCAGAGGUUUCCUGGAUCUGUUCCCCCUGCUUCCCCACUCCCAAGGAGGAGCCCAGCAGCCCCAGCCUGGGAUUCCUUCUGCUCUUUGCUUCUCCCAAAUAUGCAGGAUUUUAUACAAAUACAAAAAUGAAGCUGAGGUGAGGUUUUCAUAAAUCUGACGGAAAAGACCUCCAAGGGAUAUAUAUAUAUUGAUUUCUACUCAGAAAUACUGUUUUGUACAUAUGUUAAUAACUGCACAGAGAUAUAUGUUACGCAAGAUAUUUUGAUAGCAACAUAUACAAACAUCGUUUUUGUAGAACUGAAAAUUGUACCGAGCUACUGCUGUUUGUUAAAGAAUUGUUUUUGUGGGGUGCGGGGUGGUGGAAAUCAUGAUUACAUCUUACCCCAGGACUGUUAGUCUCUAUAAAAAAAAUUAAAGGCUGUCCUUUUUGUAAAA